CAGUUCUUGAUGAGCCCCACGAUCGACCAGACCAGGGCUCAGUGACUAGAGUCGUUUCUGCGCCUCCCCACUACUAGCCGGUUUUACGCUCAUAGCAUCGACAAUAUAUUUUUUGGUAUAGCACAACCCAGGCAAGUGACUUGCGAUCGCUCGUAAUCGUAGAGCAACGAUCGGGUGCUUUGGAAGCGAUGCUUCUGCGCGUCGGUGUAGUCGUGCUCGGACUGUGUUUGACCUUGGUCCGGGCGGCGGACGAUGUGAUUGAAUGCACAACGGAUGAUGAUAAAAAAGGAGAAUGCGUUAAGCUUCAUCUGUGUCGCAAUGGUGUGAUCAAUGAUGACGGUGCCAAUAUUAUUGACAUUCGCUUCAAUCCGGAUAAUGUGUGCGAGGACUAUCUGCUGAAAUGCUGUGCCAUACCCGAAGACGAGGAUGACCAGGUUUUGGUGCCGCCCUCUUCGUCGUUACCACAACAGCCCGUUACUGGCAACCAGGUUGGACCGACCGCAGGAUCGAACCCGGGUGUCACUGGAUUAAACGCCGGCGGUGCGACAAAUGUACCGGGCACGCCUGGUCCGAUUGCACCGUCCCCAACUCCGGAUGUGCUAGAUUUGGCAUCGGGUAAACCCAAACCAUCCAGUGGUGUUGGUGGUGGUGCAGGUGUUGGUUCGUGUAACUGCAAAGGAAGUGGCAAAUGUUGUGGACCGCAUUUGGAAGAUGAACAAUUGACUUUGAUUGGGGGUGAUUUGUAUUCGGGCGGUGGAAAACCGAAUUCAGAAAAUUUGAUUAAAGAAAACAAUCCCCAGCAGCCUGUGCACGGAGGAGGGCCUCCCAUUGAUAGUCCGAGACCCAAUCCUUCAGGUGGCCAAGGACAGGGACCUAUUGGUGCAGGUGGUCAGCCCGGAGCUGGUGGCGCUGGAGGGCAGACUGCAGUAAAACCAGGACAGGGACCUAUUGGUACAGGAGGUCAGCCCGGAGCUGGUGGCGCUGGACCAGCUGGAGGUCAGAGUGCAGUAAAACCAGGACAGGGACCCAUUGGUACAGGAGGUCAGCCCGGAGCUGGUGGCGCUGGACCAUCUGGAGGGCAGACUGCAGUAAAACCAGGACAGGGACCUAUUGGUACAGGAGGACAGCCUGGUGCUGGUGGCGCUGGAGGCCAGAGUGCAGUUGGACAAGGACAGGGACCUAUUGGUACAGGAGGACAGCCCGGAGCUGGUGGCGCUGGAGGCCAGAGUGCAGUUGGACAAGGACAGGGACAAGGACCUAUUGGGGCAGGAGGUCAACCAGGAGCUGGUGGCGCUGGACCAGCUGGAGGGCAAAGUGCAGUGAAACCAGGACAGGGACCUAUUGGUGCAGGUGGUCAGCCCGGAGCUGGUGGCGCUGGACCAUCUGGAGGGCAGAUUGCAGUAAAACCAGGACAGGGACCUAUUGGUGCAGGUGGACAGCCCGGAGCUGGUGGCGCUGGAGGCCAGAGUGCAGUUGGACAAGGACAGGGACCUAUUGGUACAGGUGGACAGCCCGGAGCUGGUGGCGCUGGACCAUCUGGAGGUCAGAGUGCAGUAAAACCAGGACAAGGACCUAUUGGGGCAGGAGGUCAGCCCGGAGCUGGUGGCGCUGGAGGCCAGAGUGCAGGUGGCCAAGGACAAGGACCUCUUGGGGCAGGUAGUCAGCCCGGAGCUGGUGGCGCUGGACCAUCUGUAGGUCAGAGUACAGUAAAGCCAGGACAGGGUACCGGACAGGGACAGCCGAGUGCUGGAGGUGCUGGAUCAUCUGGAGGCCAAAAUGCAGCCAAUCCCGGCGCAGGAGGCGCAAAACCAUCUCCUGCCGGGAUUAAGGGUUCUGGUGGCGGUAGUAAAGAUCGCACUGGACAGGGUACCACUCAAAGCCCAUUCGCCUCGACCGUUCAGCCACAAAAGUGUGGCUUGCGUAAUGUGGACGGAGUUGGUUUCCGUAUCACCGGCGACAAGGAUGGCGAGUCCGAGUAUGGUGAGUUCCCCUGGAUGGUGGCUAUUCUGAAGCAGGAGAAAGCGCUGGAUCAAAUCAUUCACGUGUACCAGUGCGGCGGUUCGUUGAUCCAUCCGUCCGUCGUACUCACGGCGGCCCACUGUGUAUUAGACAAAAACCCACAAGACAUCACACUGCGGCUCGGCGAAUGGGACACACAAACUAAAAACGAAAUGUUCGACUAUCAGGAUCGCAAGGCGGUGGAGAUUGUGACGCACGCUGAAUUCUACAAGGGUGGUCUGUUCAACGACGUAGCUCUGGUCUUCCUCGAUAAGCCGGCAGAACUAAUGGAAACGGUCAACACUAUCUGCCUGCCGCCCCCUGACUUCAACUUCGAUGCUUCACGCUGUUUCGCAUCGGGCUGGGGUAAGGAUGUGUUUGGCAAGCAGGGUACCUAUCAGGUGAUUCUGAAGAAGAUCGAGCUACCGGUCAUGCCGCGCGCCCAGUGCCAGACCGCUCUGCGUACGACGCGCCUCGGGAGACGGUUUAAGCUGCAUGGCAGCUUCAUUUGUGCCGGUGGUGAGAAGGGACGCGAUACGUGCAAGGGUGACGGUGGCUCACCGCUGGUCUGUCCGAUACCGGGUUCUGUGAAUCAUUACUAUCAGGCCGGUAUGGUGGCGUGGGGUAUCGGCUGCGGGGAAGACGGUAUCCCCGGUGUGUAUGUGAACGUGCCAUUGUUCCGCGGAUGGAUUGAUCAGCAUCUGACGCAGAGAAACAUUUCUCACAGCUCCUUCCUGUACGCAUGAGCAGCUGCUGUUCUAUUAAUUUUAAAGCAAAACAUGUUUGAAGCAGUGCAAUAAAAAGAAGACUCUGUUAAAAGAUUUUCAUCUUUACACCACUA